CGCCUGUGGUCUCCAUUUCUUUCUAUUUCCUCUCUCGCUCACACGUAUAUUUCCUUUCAUGGUUCUUUGGUGACUGCUUCCAAUUUGGUUUGGUUCUUCCUCUUCGACUUUCCCGACCCGAAGACUUGAAACGAAACGAAACGAAAUAUCAUUGUUGGCUUCGACUUAUCGGCCCUUAAGGAAUACUUUCUGGAGAACGGAAAAGGGAAUUGCAUCAUCCGGGCCCAGUAAUAGUAAUUCGACGGAAGGCACAUCGCAGAGAUCAAUAUGGUCCGAUUCGUGUCGAUAUCAAUCGCACACUUCCUCGUCGGCGCCGCUCGAGCUCAGUUCAUCACCAGCGCAGUUGCACCACGCCCGUCAGAAUUGACGUCGGCAGUAACAGAGACACCGACAUUGUCAUCGUUGGAAUCAUUAGUGACCCCAUUUCCGUCGGCGUUAACGAGUUCGAGUUCGAGUUCGAAUAAUGGUGUUCACACGGUCGUCGUUGGGAGGAACAACUUCAGGUUCGAGCCUCAAGAGUUGAAGGAUGUAAAGGAGGGCGAUGUUGUGACCUUUGAGUUCUACCCUCUUGACCACUCCGUGGCUAGGGCCGAGUUUGGAAGUGCUUGUGUUCCCUACGAGUACACUGGGAAUGGUAAGGUCGGAUUCUGGUCCGACUGGCAGAACCUAACGGACGUCAAUAAUAUAUGGAAUCUCACCAUCAACUCCACGGAGCCGAUCUUUUACUAUUGCGGCGCGCCUGGUUCAUGCAUCAAUGAGCAGAUGGUAGGAGUGAUCAACCCGAACGGGACGCAAACAUUGGCAGCUCAAAUCAAGGCUGCUGCGGAUGCGGAUUUCAUGGUCAGGCCCAACGAGGACAUCCCACGUGAAGGCACGGUGAGCUUGCAUACGCCAGGAGAGACAGGGACGCCAAACAGCAACCACGAGCAACCCCAUGGGCACAAAUUGUCCGGUGGAGCAAUUGCAGGAAUCGCUGUUGGAGGAGUCGUCUUUCUAGUCGUUGCCGCCGCGUUGUUCUUCUUCGUUGGGCGGGCGAAGUCGCUCAAGGAGGUUCUGAGGAACAAGGAGGCAACGGUGAACAGGGUCGAAGGCGGCGGCGCAGGCCUCCCUGAUAUGCCUGGAUCGCCGUACAAUGGCCCUUUCUCGCCAAUGCAACAGCAACAGCAUCAGCAACAGAGGUUUUCAGAGUACGGCGGGCUGCCGGCGUAUGGCCAACACCACGCUACCGACUCUCAUCCGUCGGGAUGGACAAGUCCGCAGAUGGGACACAUGUCGAUGGCGAUGUCCCCAGGACAACAACCAGCAGAUAAUAAGCCUCAGCACCAAUACGCACCAGUGGAGAUGCACAGCCCAGAACCUCGACCUGUCCAGCAGCACAUCACUGCUGAAUUGGAAGCACCAGUGAGGCCACCGGGGCAGAACUAG